AUGGCUUCAAGCAACGCCCCCGCGGCUGUGAAUGCACCCCCCUCCUCUGUCACCAAUGCAGUCUUGGUCGCAUCAGAGCCAGUACCAGAGGGGACGCACAAAGUGAGCGGUGUCGAUUUCGAUCUUUUCAAGGGCAGGGAUAUCACUGUUGCAGAAUUGGUCGACAAUUUGAAGUAUACGGGUUUCCAAGGCAGUGCGGUCGCAGACGCCGCCCGCAUUAUUAACAACAUGCGAGCUUACCGCCAUCCUGAAACCGGUGCCAAAACGACCAUCUUUCUCGGAUACACCUCCAACCUGAUCUCCUCCGGCCUCCGUGAUACCAUCCGCUACCUCGUGAAAAACAACCAUGUCUCGGCCAUUGUCACAACUGCCGGCGGUGUGGAGGAGGAUUUGAUCAAGUGUUUAGCUCCGACCUACAUGGGCUCCUUCACCACACCUGGCGCAGGGUUGCGGGCCAAGGGAUUGAAUCGUAUCGGCAACCUCAUCGUCCCUAAUAGCAAUUAUUGUGCCUUUGAGGAUUGGCUAGUCCCGAUCUUGGAUAAGAUGCUAGAGGAGCAGGAGGCUGCGAAGAAGAAGGCAUUGGAAACCGGUGACGAGGAGGACGAACUGCACUGGACCCCGAGUCGCAUCACCGAACGCCUGGGCCGUGAAAUCAACCACGAGGACUCGGUGCUUUACUGGGCCGCCCGCAACAAGAUCCCUGUCUUCUGCCCAGCUCUGACGGACGGCUCCCUCGGAGACAUGCUCUACUUCCAUACAUUUAAAUCUUCCCCGCAACGGCUGCGCGUAGAUAUUGUCGACGAUGUGCGCCGGAUCAACACCAUGGCGGUUCGUGCUGCUCGUGCCGGUAUGAUCAUUCUCGGAGGCGGCGUCAUCAAGCAUCACAUCGCGAAUGCCUGUCUGAUGCGCAAUGGUGCGGAGCAUGCCGUCUACGUGAACACUGGUCAGGAAUUCGAUGGCAGCGAUGCGGGCGCGCGCCCGGACGAGGCCGUCAGCUGGGGCAAGAUCAAAGCCGACGGUGAGUCGGUCAAGGUGUAUGCGGAAGCUACAGUGGUCUUCCCGCUCAUCGUGGCCGCUUCGUUUGCGCGAGUAGAUGCAGGCAGAUCAGAUGCCGUUUAG